AUGUUCAUCGCAUCCUACCAAGUCCCCAGCUUCUACUUCUUCCACACAGCCAACGCCUACGACUACGUCGAUCCCAAAACGGGGCACACGAACGUCCAUGUCGACAUCGCGAGCUACAAGGCCGAACACUACCCGUACCACGAGUACGCGAUUUCGAACGUCAUCAACCCGCUCAAACCCUACCAGACGGGCCGCCUCGUCCGCUACGAACUCUCCGCCGUCAACACGCGUGAUCCCGCCGUCGUCGCUCGCGGCACCGUCAAAGCCGCUAUUCCAGACAUGAUGGCGGAACUACCUCGUAUCUCCAAAGCCGCAUCCAUGGACCCAAACUACCGCUUCGUCUACGGCGUAUCAGGGAACGGUAUUUCCGCUCCAGGCACAGAUGUUCCCAUCGGGCGUCUCGGCAACGGCGUCGAUAUGCCACAUGCGUCGUUCUAUGGCCACCUCUUCAAAUCGGAUUGGCGAACUGGGACGUUCAAAGCGUGGGUCCCGCAGAAUGGAGAGAGCUGUCCAACGGAGCCAAUUUUCAUCCAGAGGCCUGGUGCGACGGAGGAGGAUGAUGGUAUUGUGAUUACGAUUACGAUCAAUAAGGAGGGGACGAAUAGUAUUCUUGUGGGCCUUGAUGGGAGGACGUUUGAGGAGGUGGCGAGGGCGGAUAUGCCGCAGGUCUAUUCGUUGGGGCCGCAUGGGUCGUUUGUUGAGGGAGACUUUGGAGUUGUGAGCCGUAUGGGGAGGGAGGGAGAGUAA